AUUCCAUUCAAUCUCAUUUGGUUUUGGGUUUUCUACCAGAAGAAAGAUUGGCCUUUCUCUUUUCUUUUUUGGGUACAGUUGGAAGCAAAUAUGGAAAAUAACGCACUGGUAAAAAUAGGACACUAUAAACUAGGAAAAACGUUGGGAGUUGGCUCUUUUGGAAAAGUAAAACUUGCAGAACAUGAAAAAACCGGAAAAAAAGUGGCUGUGAAAAUUCUCAACAAACAAAAAGUCAAGUCUUUGGGAAUGGAUGAAAAAGUGCGUAGAGAAAUCAAGAUUUUGAAGCUUUUUCAACAUCCACACAUCGUUCGUCUAUAUGAAGUGAUUGACACUCCAUCCGAUAUAUUCGUGGUUACGGAAUACAUCAGUGGUGGUGAGCUCUUUGACUACAUCGUAGAAAGAGGAAGACUAUUGGAAGACGAAGCUAGAAAAUGUUUCCAACAAAUCAUUUCCGGUGUAGCUUACUGUCAUAGGCAUAUGGUAGUUCAUAGAGACUUGAAACCAGAAAAUUUGUUACUAGAUGCCAAUAUGCAUAUCAAAAUUGCGGACUUUGGUUUAGCGAAUAUCAUGAAAGACGGUAUAUUUCUGAGAACAAGUUGUGGUUCACCCAAUUAUGCAGCUCCUGAAGUUAUUUCGGGAAGACUUUACGCUGGUCCAGAAGUCGAUGUAUGGAGUUGUGGUGUUAUUCUCUACGCUCUGUUAUGUGGUUCUUUGCCAUUUGAUGAUGAAAAUAUUCCCAAUCUUUUUAAAAAAAUUCGCGGAGGUAUCUAUGUUCUCCCUUCAUUUCUAUCCGAACAAGUACGAGAUCUCAUUUCCAAAAUGUUGGUGACGGAUCCUGUUGCCAGAAUUACUGUUGAAAAUAUUCGUAAACAUCCGUGGUUUCUAACCAAAAUACCUCGAUAUAUUGCUUUGGAAGAGAAUGUCUCGGUACAUCAAACGUUGCAUAUUGAUGAAUUGGUUCUGAAGAUGGUUCAAGACCGUACCGGAUUUCCUCGUCAUAAAGUGGUUCACGCAUUGCAACGUGGAAAAAGAAACGAAUAUACCGUAGCUUAUCAUCUAAUCAAGGAUUCUUUGAUAAAAAUGGAAAUUGCUGAGCAAUCGGAAGCCGCUUUAUCGGAGUCUUCCAGUUCCUUUCCCAUUCACAGGACCAAGCGAGAAGAAGAAUAUACCAAACUUUAUCAGAAAUAUCAACCUACUAGUUAUUCAUUGGGUUGUAACACAAGUAUUCCGCAUGCGGGACAAGUUAUGUUACAUAUUUAUCAGCAAUUAGACCAACUGCAAUGGAAAUGGAGAGAAUGUACAGCUUACCAAUUGAAAGUAUUGGUUCCCCAUUCCAUCUAUUCUUCUGCAACUCACUUGCCACCGUUGAAAAUUGGAAUUCAGUUAUACAAAACUUUUGAUGGCUAUGUUAUCGAUCUACAAGUAAGUUCUUUCUCACUUUUUUCAUUAUAUACAUUGUUGUGAGACAUAAAAUAGAAAAUACAAGG